AUGUUGAAUUUUGUAUUCGGUUUCCUUUUUCUGUUCGUAAAUUCCGUUGUAGAAACAAUAAUUUAUUCGGCACGAUUGCUCACCGAUUUAUCGUCGUUAAUAUUUUCUUCGUAUUCUCUGUUGGCGCCUUUUACAGUUUCGAUUCUUCUUUUCGCUGCGAAAAUGGCGGACGUUCGUAGUUCGUUCGGUGGAAAGACUGUUCUAGUCACUGGAGCUGGACAAGGUAUCGGAAGGGCCGUGUGUAAGAAACUGGUGGAUUCGGGAGCCCAUGUCUUGGCUUUAUCAAGAACGGCUGAUCCACACCUGAACUCAUUGGCUGCAGAAUGUGCCGAAUUAUCGGGAAAGAUCGAAACUUAUGAAAUCGAUUUGUCUAAUUGGGAUGCCACGAGAGAUCUCGUUGAGAAACUUGCGCCCCGGGUGGAUUGCUUGGUGAACAAUGCUGGUCGAUCUUUAUUGGAAUCAUUCCUUGAAAUGAAGCCCGAAAGUUUCGACAUGAUCAUGGAAGUCAAUGUGAAGGCCGUCAUCAAUGUAUCCCAGGUAGUAUGUAAAGCGAUGAUAAAUCGUGGGCACAACGGAUCAGUGGUCAAUGUUAGCUCCAUUGCAUCAACACUUGCUGUAAAGGAUCAUACUGCAUAUUGCGCCUCGAAAGGUGCAUUGGAUACAGUGACCAAAGUGAUGGCUUUAGAACUUGGCCCAAAUAAGAUUCGAGUAAAUGCCGUCAAUCCAACUGUGGUUCUGACCCCCAUGGGCCUGUACGCUUGGAGUGACCCGAAAAAGGCUGAUCCUAUGAUCGCGAGGAUUCCUUUGGGAAAAUUUAUCGGUGAAGAAGAUGUCGUGAACGCGAUUUUGUUCUUGCUGUCGGACCAGAAUGGGAUGAUACAUGGUGCUUGUUUGCCAAUCGAUGGGGGAUUGAGCUGCUGGUGAAAACGUUCGUGUUUUUUGCAGUCGUCAUUCCUUUUUUUUUUGCAUAGUCACAGUUAUUUGGUGCUGAUUUUCCCAGGCUGACAGAGUUAUUUAGAUUUCAGAUGUGUUCUAUUGAAAGAUUUUUGGUUUGAUCUAAUAUUUUUACAACGCUACUUAUUGAUCACGUGGUGCUAUUUUUGUUCUUGUUUUAUUUAUUUGGCGAAUAAGAAUAAUAUUUUGAUGGGGAG